GUCGGGGAAUAGCCGAUGGGGGGAGGCGCUUCAGCGAGUAUAAAUAGUCAGCAUGUCAUCCAACAGUCACUGUCAGGCACAACAGCAACCAUGAAGCUCUUAGUCCUCUGUGCUCUGGUGUCGGCGGCCGCCGCUUGGCCCAACUUCAGCAUGGCGGCCGACUCUUCUGGAGGAGCUUCUGACACCCAGAAGCAGCACGAUGUCAACAGCAUCCUCUGGAAGGUCUACGAAGAAAUCCGCGAUCCCCAUCUGAAGCAGCAUUCGCAGACCUUCGAUCCUCUGUCCGGCCACUAUGACGACGAUGGUGUUUCCGCCAAGCGGCUCAUGAAGGAACUCAACGACCAGCGCCUGCUGGAGCAGAACCACUGGUUCUCGCUCUUCAACACCCGCCAGCGGCAGGAGGCUCUCAUGCUCUACGACGUGCUCGAACACUCCACAGACUGGGAAACCUUCGCUGGCAACGCUGCCUUCUUCCGUGCUCGCAUGAACGAGGGCGAGUUUGUCUACGCCAUUUACGCUGCCGUCAUACACUCUCCUCUGACACAACACGUGGUGCUGCCGCCUCUCUAUGAGGUUACUCCUCACCUCUUCACCAACAGCGAGGUCAUUCAAGAAGCAUACAAGGCCAAGAUGACACAGACUGCCGCAAAGAUCAGGUCCCACUUCACCGGAAGUAAGAGCAACCCAGAGCAGCGCGUGGCCUACUUCGGCGAGGACAUCGGCAUGAACACUCACCACGUCACCUGGCAUUUGGAAUUCCCCUUCUGGUGGGACGACUCCCACGAAAGCCACCACAUUAGUCGCAAGGGUGAGAGCUUCUUCUGGGUCCAUCAUCAGCUUACUGUUCGCUUCGACGCUGAGCGUCUCUCGAACUACUUGGACCCCGUCGAUGAACUCCACUGGGACGACAUGAUCCACGAGGGCUUCGCUCCCCACACUAUGUACAAGUACGGCGGUUACUUCCCCUCACGACCAGACAAUGUCCACUUCGAGGACGUGGACGGUGUGGCCCGCGUGCGCGACAUGUUGAUCCUGGAGAGCCGCAUCAGGGAUGCCAUCGCUCACGGCUAUUUCACCGGUAGGGAUGGGUCUGUCAUCAGCAUCAGAGACGCUCAUGGCAUCGACAUCCUUGGUGACGUGAUUGAGUCCUCCACUUACAGCCCCAACCCUGAGUACUACGGCUCCCUGCACAACACUGCUCAUAUCAUGCUUGGCCGUCAGGGCGACCCUCACGGCAAGUUUGCCCUCCCUCCCGGUGUCCUGGAGCACUUUGAGACCGCCACGCGCGAUCCUGCUUUCUUCCGCCUCCACAAGUACAUGGAUAACAUCUUCAGGGAGCACAAGGACAGUCUUACCCCCUACACCAAGGAGGAACUCGAGUUCCCUGGAAUCUCUGUCGAUAGUAUCACCAUAAGCAAUCGCCUUGAGACCCACUUCGAAGACUUCGAAUACAGCCUCAUCAAUGCCGUUGACGACACUACUGAGAUUGAAGACGUGCCCAUCAAGGCAAUUGUUUCUCGCCUUACGCAUAAUGAUUUCAAAGUAGACGUUGGCAUCACUAACAACAACGACCAUGAGGUAAUGGCAACUGUUCGUGUCUUCGCUUGGCCAAAGUACGACAACAACCAUGUUGAGUUCCCAUUCAACGAGGGACGCUGGAAUGCCAUUGAACUUGCCAAAUUCUGGACUAAGUUGGGCCGCGGAUCCAACACAAUCACACGCGACAGUACGCAUACAGGGGUGACAGUUCCUGAUGUGCCCAGCUUCCAGACUCUGAUAGACAUGACUGAUGAAGCACUUGGCUCAGGCUCAGCACUCCACCUCGAAGAUUAUGAAAGCGGCCUUGGACUGCCCAACAGGUUCCUCCUCCCUAAAGGCAAGACUGAGGGCAUGGAUUUCCAUGUAGUGGUCUUCGUCUCUGACGGCGCCAAGGACGCAGCUGUCGAUGGCCUGCAUGAGAGCACUACCUUCAACCAUUAUGGCUGCCACGAUGGCACAUACCCCGACAAUCAGCCACAUGGUUACCCGCUAGACCGCCGCGUCGAUGACGAGCGCAUCAUCACUGGCGUCUCAAACUUCAAAGCUGUGGACGUCAAGGUGUACCAUGUCGAAGAAAACUAAUGUGGCAACUAUCCCCGAUGAAAAUGAUACCAAGAAGCUUCAAAUAAUUCAUCUCAGCUCAUUGUAAUAUCUAUCUAUCUAUCUAUCUAUCUAUCUAUCUAUCUAUCUAUCUAUCUAUAUAUAUAUAUAUAUAUAUAUAUAUAUAUAUAUAUAUAUAUAUAUAUAUAUAUAUAUAUAUAUAUAUAUAUAUAUAUACACACAAAAAAAAUUAAAACAUUAUGUUAUCAGAACUCUAUCAGAUAUGAAAAUAUUUCAUGUAUAUCAAUAAAUGAGGAGCUAAGUUGAA